AUUUAAUUUAUUUUCAUCGGAUGGCAUUUAAUGGAUCACAAUAUUAAUUUCAUUAAGUGGCCAGCUCAGAGUCCAGACCUUAACCCCAUAGAGAAUCUAUGGGAUUUAGUUGAUACAAAAAUUCGGACUGAACAUCCAGAAAAGUUCAUAGUGCCGAAUUAUUUGAAACAAUCGAAGUCGCCUGGAAUUCUAUUCCAAAGGAAACAAUAGAUAGCCUAAUUGGUUCAAUGAGAAAAAGAUGUCUAGCAGUUAUCAAAAAUAAAGGUUAUGCAACCAAGUAUUAGCUACUUUGUAUACGAC